AUGGACGACCACCGGCUCUUCAAAUUCCCCAAGCCGGUCUGGCUGAACAGCGCCAACAGCAGAACAGCAGGCGUCUACCUCUCAGGCUCUUUGUUCUGCCUCGCCCUCUUCAUCCUAAUCGACGCCCAAGUCUACUCCAAAUCGCACCUCAACGGCUCCGACCUGCACCUAAACUUCGUCGACUGGAUCCCCGCCAUCUUCUCCUUCCUGGGCAUGCUGGUCAUCAACAGCAUCGACAAGACGCGGUUAUCAGGUGAUACAUUUGCGUACAGCGGGGAUGGCGUCGCGUGGAAGGCAAGAGUUGUGCUGUUCAUGGGAUUCGCGGCGAUGGCGGGGGGACUGGCGGGUGGUGUGACGGUUAUGGUGUUGAAGUAUGUAACGGAGGGAGCGACGGGGAUGAGUCUGUGGUUUGGAGCGGCGAAUCUUGCUGCGAAUGCAUUGGUUAUGCUGAGCUCGGUGGUGCUCUGGGUCAGCCAGAACAUGGAGGACGACUACACCUACAACUUGGCUCUGUGA